UGGCUCGUCCGUGGCUCGUCCGUGGGUCGCGGAGAUGGCGUGGAGGACGGCGCUCUGCUGCGUGUGCCUCGUGCAGGCUCUCACCGUGACCGUGCUCUCCGCGCUCGAGCGCCGCGCGCUCCCCGUGGACAGCUGCGCCAACGUGUCCCUGGGACACGAGCAGGGACUUGGACGAGGACACGAGUCCACGGGGGACACGGCAGAAAUUUUGGACAAAGGAAGGCCAAAAGUGCUGUUUGCCAGGAGAGGAGUUCGGCAGCAGCAGAGACCUCGAUACACGAAGACCAGUGGAGAGCUGACCCCCGCACGGAGUCGCCGCUGUUCCCGAGCCACCGAGAGCUGUGGGCCCACCAUCCCCUGCUGUGAUCCCUGCUCCACCUGCCACUGCCGCUUCUUCAAUACCAUCUGCUACUGCUGGAGACUGGGCCGCCCCUGCCCCAAGAAGGCCUGAAGACCAGCAUGCCACUUGUACCUGCUGAAUUGUCCUAGGGCGAACGCUCACACACACAAACACACAUUCACUCAACUGGUCCUGCCCUCAACAUCCAAGCCAAUUGAACACUUCCAGGUUUCAUUUUAACCUCAGAUUUUCUUUAUAUUAAUAUUAAAUUUCCAUUUAUUCAUUUAGCUGGCGAUUUUUUCC